GGGCAUACUCAGUGUUGGACACUCUUGAAUGUAUCUGGCAUCCGUGGCGGCUAAUUUCUGUGGAAGAAGUACAAGUGCGAGUACGUCCUAAGAGAGGCGGGAGGGGGAAGAAGGGGAACAAGUAGGAGGGCGGAUUAGGAAGACAGGGGGACGGAGGAGAGAGGGGGAGAGGAACGGGGAGGAGAUAAGGGGUUGUAGAGGAACAGGCGCACGAAGAGGGGGAAGGAGGAGGAGGCGGAGGAGGAGGAGGAGGUAAGGUGUUAGGGACGAACUGUAUAGAGGGAUUGACAGAGAGAUAGUACGAGGAGGGAUAGGAGGAGAAGAAAUAGAGGAAGAAGAGGAGAGGGAGGAGACGUGGAAUAGGGCGGGGGUUUUAGGGGAGACAAGGAAAAGCAAGGACCCACAGUCACGAUGGGUGACCCACUACACGAGCUGCUAAUGUCCCCGUCCGCGUGUCCCGAUCCCGUCAGGCCGGCUGCUCUCUCUGCCGCCGAUUUGCACGCUUGUCUUCAGCGCCUUCGUCAACGAUCGGAGGAGGUGAAAGCGAAAGUUCGUGGACUUGUCACAGCGCUCAGUGACGCGGAUAAGAGUGUGGAUGACGUGGCACCCCUAGCCGCGGAGAUCCCGCGGCUGCUAGAGCGCCUCCUUCCUGGAAUUGCGCUUGGUAAUGGGGGGGUCUGCGAAGAACUCGCAGUAGAAGACGACAAGGAUUCCCCGGCCGCGGGAUCUCGACUUGCCUCCGAGGUCGGACUGAAACCGACCGCGACCGCGGGGACGACGAUCACAGGUGGCGUGGCGGACAUCGAGUCCUCCACCUCCACCUCCACCACCAUUACCACCACCUCCUCCUCCUCCUCCUUCGCUGACGCAUGUUUCCCGCCUUCUGUGUCGGCGCGCGGGGGCGACAUUUCUGCAACUGCCCGGCAUGCGAGGAGGGUCAAGCGAGAGCUCCGGGAAAUCGAGGACUCUAUCGAGACGGUAGAAAUGGUGGUGGGAGUCCACGAAGUGCUCACGAUGAUAGACAAAAGCUUGCUGAGAGGGGAGAUCGUGGACGCGGCCAGAGCAGUUGUGCGCCUAGAAAGGGCAAUCAUUCAAGCUGGAGUGAAGAGAGAAGCAGGUGGAAAAGAUGAUGAUGAUGAGGAGGAGGAGGAGGAGGAGCGUGUUUUGGAGAACGUCGGUGAAGAAGAGGUAGGGUUGCCAGUUGUGUUGUCGGAAGGAAGAGGAGAAGGUGCGCUUGCAUCUGGUGCGCCAUCUGCCACGGUGGCGGUCAUCGAACAGGUGGCUGCAGAGGGUGGCGAUGGCGGUCAGCAGCAAGCCAAGGAGAGGGAGCAGAGACACAGCGAGAAGGCGGAGGAGGAGAUCCGCUUGUUUGGUAUCCUGGCGCUUGCAUCCGGUGCGCCAUCUGCCACGGUGGCGGUCAUCGAACAGGUGGCUGCAGAGGGUGGCGAUGGCGGUCCGCAGCAAGCCAAGGAGAGGGAGGAGAGACACAGCGAGAAGGCGGAGGAGGAGAUCCGCGUGUUUGGUAUCCUGAGAAGCGAGUUCUCGCUGAGAAAGACAAAGUUGAAAGGUAUUCUUGAGAGUCUGUUUCGGCGCGCAUUGGUGAUCGACCGGAUUCAUUGUGAGCUCAGGUGGAUGCCAAUAGUGCAGCUCUUUCGAAGACACAGUGGUGGUAAUUCCGGCCAGAUCACCGGAACGGAUCUGAAUGAUACGGAUGUCGAUGUCGGUUUUGGUGACAUUCUUGAUGCUUUGGAGAUUGCAGGCUGGCUGGAUCUGAAACUGGCGAGCUUAGCAGAUACCAUGUUCACGAGAAUUUUUCUCUCGGUUAUCAAGGACCAAAGGAUCAAUCUUGAAGUCAUCUAUGUUGACAAGGAUGCUUCGGCUUACAGUAGCGAGAAGACAGAGAUGGAGGAGGAUAAAUCUGGAGUGGAGAAAGUGCACCAAGGACAAGGCAGGGAGGAUUCUGGAAGAGGAAACCAAAAAGUUGGAUCGAAGAUUGUAGUUCUCAGCUGGCGGGCAACAGCAGAAGAAGGAGGAGGAGAAGAAAAGGUAGGGGAGUUGACUCUGCCAGAGGCUUUCCGGAAGAUUCUUGUUGUGGUGCAGUUCAUCCGGGAGCAUAUCAUGGGGGGCAAACCUGUGCGAAUGCGGCAGCUUGGUCGAACUCUCUGGCCGAGGCUAGCAGAAGCAAUCAUCAAAGGCCCACUAGGGAAGGCUGUGCCAAACAAGACUGCGGAGCUGGCAGAUUUCCAGAAGGUGGCAGAUCUAACGGUGGGAUUUGAGCAAUCACUUGUCCAAGAAGGGCUAAUUUCAUUUCCUGAUGAUGCGGAGGAGACUGCCAAUGAAAGUGCUCCAGCUGAGGAGAAGGAGAAGAUUGCAAGUGGAGAGAGUGAGGGGACCACGCAUGGCGAUGGCGAUGCAGCUGGUGGCAGGAGUUCGGAUACAGGUGCUGUCGGCAGGGCUAGUAGCAGCAGAGAGGUAUCAGCAGCAGCAAAAGCACAAGUGCUUCUGCUGAGCACUUUUGCUGCCGAUGUCGAUGUCCACUUUGCUGUGAAGAAGAGGAAAAGGGUUGUUGUCAAGGCACGGGAUCUGCUGAUGAACUCAGAUUUUGCUCCUGUGGUGGUGUCCAGCAGAACAGAAAUCUUCCUUGAUCGGAGCCUGCUGGAAGGAUAUGAACGGCUGGGGAAGGAUGGCGGCAGAGGAUCGAACGGUUGGAAGAGAGAGUCAGAUGCAAAGGGGGUAGAGAGGAUUAAUGACCCCCCGCACCCCGAUCCAGACAGUGUGCUGGAGGCAGAAGUUGUGCAGUCCGAGGAUGUGAGCAGUCCUGGCUCAAAGGCGGACUUUUGUGAUGCAAAACUGGAAGUGGACGAUGAAGGACGGUUCUUUCUCUUGGAGACAUGCCGUGUUUCCAUCGCCGCCAAACAGCUGGUUCUGAUAGCUCAUCAAGCAAUGGAGGAGGCAUGUAUUUCCACAGAGCGGACAGCAAUGGAUCUCUAUCAUGCGGGAAGAGAUGCGCUUCUGCUGUACAGGGCAAUUGUUCCUGUCAAGCAUGCUGCUCAGCUUUCAAGAAGUGCACUGCUUGGGAUGCUUCUGUACAAUGACUGCCUCUACAUAGCCCAUCAUCUCAUGACAAUGGGAAUUCAGUAUAGGCGGAGUCUUCUUCCUUCUCUGCGACGUAAGGUGGUAUUUGUGGACCUGGCACGGUCCUUCCAGUUGAUGGCAGAAGAUGCUUGUCUCCAACACAUAGAACUACAGCAUUCAGAGUUGAUGAAGGCUCUGGACCAGGGGCAAGGAUUCCGAUACACUGACGAUCCACAACAUUACCGCGAUGCAAGUAGCGCCCUUCGACAGGCAGUAGAUAUUUUAACACGGCUGGCAGCAAUCUGGAAGCCCAUCUUGUCAAAGAAGGCAUACCUGCAUAUAAUGGGUGCUGUAAUGGAUGGAGCUGUGGCCAGGUUGGUAGCUGACGUGAUCUCACUGCAGGACAUGGCAGAGGAAGAAACUGUUCAGUUGCGGGCUUUGCUUUCCUAUUUUGUCAAGGCUCUUCCCCCACUGCUGGAGCUCGAUUCUCCUGGUGGGACCACGGCCGGUGAGGUGAUGGAGGAUCUGCAAAGCAAGGGCCCAUUGUCUGAAGCACUUCGUCGGUUGGCCAGGGAGAGGGCAGAAGGGGAGUGCGACCAUGGUGUGGGAGGGGUGAGAGUACCGCCCACACUUCAUGGUGAGGGUCGAGGAUCAUUAGGCCAUGGAUCAACAGGCCUGUUGGGAGUGAAGGAAGGAUCGUUGACAAUGGAUGACGCUCUUCCGUCUUGGAAGAAGUUGCUCAAGUUGAUAGAGGUUUUGGCGCUUCAUCUGACCCAGCUGGCAGAGGCAUGGGAGAGGGGAGAGCUCUACUCAAGCGGAUUCACACAGGCUGAGGUUAGGAAUCUGGUGGAGGCCAUUUUCUCCGAGACACCGCAGCGGAAAGAUUGCUUGAUGCGAAUACUUGCUAAGAACUUUGGUCAGGAUAGUUCAUAAAAGUGAAUCAGAUCUAGAUAAUUAUAUCUGCCCCAACAACGCAAAGAUCUCUCUCUCUCUCUCUCUCUCUCUCUCUCUCUCUCUCUCUCUCUCUCUCUCUCUCUCUCUCUCUCUCUCUGUGCCCCAAUAACGCAAAGAUCUCUCUGCAAAGAUCUCUCUCUCUCUCUCUCUCUCUCUCUCUCUCUCUCUCUCUCUCUCUCUCUCUCUCUCUCCGUGUGUGUGUCUGUGGUAGCAGAUACAUCAAGGACUCCAUUUCACAGAUGGAUACAUACAUACGUACAGAGAGAGAGAGAGAGAGAGAGAGAGAGAGAGAGAGAGAGAGAAGGUUGAACGACAGGUGGAUGGAUCCUGUGGCUGCACCUUCUCAUGCAACCAGGAUGCAUCGGGAAAUUGUGUCAUAUGCCAGUAACUCUAUACCAGAGUAGAUACUGAAUACUAAACAGCAGUGCUAUAUGGGUCAAUCAAGGUAUAGCCUGAACCCACUCGUUACCUGUCUUCCCUUCCGAACGCCCUAGUUAAUAAAAAUAAGAAUGUUCA